GGACCGUGAUCACUCACCCUCCCACACUGCGUAUAUAUAUAAACAAAGUUUACAUAACGACCCAUUCAUAUCCCGCAGCAGCAGCAGCAGCCACAACUCAAGCCCCCAGCUACAACACCAACACGAAGACGAAGACAAGACAAGAGAAACUGCACCGGUGAAAAGCUCGAUCGACACUCUGGCCAUGGCGGCAGUACUUCCGAGCUCGCAAUUCGAGGCGGACGAGAAGAUGUUCAUGGUGGCGGCGGCGGCGGAUAGGGACAAUUCUCCGGCGUGCGGCGGGGAGGCGGCGGAAGAGACGGCGCUGGAGGACCUCCCGGGCGACGUGCUGGCGCUGGUGCUCCGCCGGCUCGACGGCGCGUCCCUGGCGGCACUCGGCUGCGCCAGCUCCGCCUUCCGCUCCCUCGCCGCCGACCCGCUCGCCUGGCGCGACCUUUGCCUCGCCGCCUUCCCCUCCUCCGCCGCCGCCCCCUUCUCCUCCUGCCGAUCCCAGUCCCAGCACCGGGCCCUCUUCGCGGACGCGUUCCCCUUCCCCUCAUCUUCUCCUUCUCCGGCUCCGGCGGCGCCGGCGGCCGCCAUGGCCAUCCCGCGGCGGCUGGUCUCCGCCGUGGACCUGUGGCACGGGGGGAAGCUAAUCAUGUCGCGGGUGGUGGAGACGGACGCGACGUCGUCGUGGUUCCUGGGCUCCCCGUUCCGGAUCGACGCGCUACAGCAGGAAGGCUUCACUGCCCCAAAUCCCAUAUCCCCCGCCGAGCUCUCCCUCACCUGGGUCCUCCUCGACCCGGCCACCGGCCGCGCCGUCAACGCCUCCAGCCGCAAGCCCGUCGCCGUCGACCGCAGCUGGCUCACCGGCGAGACCGUCGCCCGCUUCACCCUCGUCUUCGUCACCUCCGGCGGAGAAGGGGAUUCGAUGUGUGCGGUGGAGGCGGCGGUGGCGUGCGACGACAGGUUCGGGCACGUGAGGGAGGUGAGCCUGAGCGCGGAGGACGGCGACGGCGGCGGCGUCAGCGGGCGCGACGCGGUGGAGCUCGUGGCGGCGGCCAUGGCGGCCCCGAGGUGUCGCGGCGGAGGGGUUGGGGUUGGGGCGGCGGUGGAGGAGGCGAAGAGGAGGUACGGGGAGUUUGUUAAGGGGAAGAGCGCGAGGAAGGAGUGGAAGGCGAGGAGGGAAGGGCUCGUCGACCUCUGCUGCUCCGGCGUCGGCGCCGCCGCAUUCCUCGGCUUCAUCCUCAUGCUCACCCUCCGCUGAGGAGGCCACCGGCGCCGGAGGGGAUUGUGAAUAGUGUACUAGUACUACUGUAGCCGCGUUAGUUGUUAUAGAGGUCGCUGCCACCGUGUGAAUAUAUGGUUUUUUUUUUCUCUCUUUUGCUAAUUAAUUCCGGAAAGUGAAACUUGACAAGAAGAGGAAGAAGAUAUACCUCUGUCAGAAGUUAAUACGUACAGAAUCUUUUUUAGCUUGGUCAUUUGUGAAAGCAACUUGAGAAAAUACUGUACAUCUUGACGGCGACUCUUUUAA